ACCGGGAUUUCAUUCAAUUGCGCAAUAGUAAGUAAUUGAAACGGUCUUUCGCGUUGACGUUUAUAUAAAAAUUACCCAUCGAUUACAAAGUGACAUGAUGUCGUUGUUAAAAUCUUUACCCAAAGCCCUUAAUGGGGCUUCAAAAACUCUUUCUCGUAGCGUUCCGGCUGUAUCUUAUCAUCCCAAUGUGCUCGAUCAUUAUGAGAAUCCUAGAAAUGUAGGUUCAAUGGAUAAGAAUGAUACUAGAGUAGGCACAGGUCUUGUAGGUGCUCCAGCUUGUGGUGAUGUUAUGAAAUUACAGAUUAAAGUAGAUGAAAAUGGAAAGAUUGUUGAUGCUAAAUUUAAGACCUUUGGAUGCGGUUCAGCUAUCGCUUCUAGUUCUUUGGCUACAGAAUGGGUGAAAGGAAAAACUGUCGAUGAAGCUUUGAAAUUAAAGAAUACUGACAUAGCAAAGGAACUUUGCCUACCACCGGUCAAGCUGCACUGUUCGAUGCUUGCAGAAGAUGCAAUCAAGGCUGCUUUAUCAGAUUACCGUAUCAAACAACAAAGUAAGGCAAAUUCCGCUGAUGAAACCAAUAGCGCAAAAAUGAAGGCUUAAAUGAAUUCUUUCUCAAAAAACGUAGUAAAAAAAAAUUAUAAUAAAAAUAUAAUGAUUUCAUAUUAAUGUAAACACAACAUCAUUGUAUAGUAUACUAUAGAUAGUCGAACGUACUUUCAUGUGCGUAUUAUUUUGAGAUUAUUAUACAUAUGUAUCAUAUGUAUAUCCACAUAUACAGAUACAUAUAUAUUUUCAGCAACGAUGUGACAAUAUUGUUACUUGAUUAUACAUAUAUAAACUAGAUUAAAGAUGCAAACUAUUUUAAUUUUAUGUAGAAA